AUGCCUUAUGAAGUUUGGAGAAAAAAGCGCUUGUCACGAACUCAUGAUGUGGACCCGGUCAAGAACACCAAAGCUGAGCGAGAGAGAUUUCGCCGAGGCUGGGCGGCGAUGUGCAAAAAGGCAAAUGAUCUCUAUCUAGAUGGGAUCGAGAAUGGGCGUGAUCGCCGUGUUUACAUGGUCAUUCAUGAUGUACGAAAAAAUCGACAAGGGAAGGGGAAAUAUACGUCCUUCAACUCUCAUCCUCGAGAAUCCUGGGUUCCAUCUCAAGACGAAGUUGAUGAGCAUUAUCCAAUCACCAAGAAAGUGACACCAGCUGAUUUUGGCAACAAUCUCGCAGGAAAGCCAGGGGCUGGAAGGUUGCAGAGCCUUUCAAAAGGUCGACAACGCCUGUUCAAGAUUUCCAAGCCGCCACUUUGGGCUUAUAGUUAGGUCCAUUUGUGUUGAUUUUUUCUACUUUUUUUUAUUGAUCAGUGAACAUGUAUCUGAUAAUACAGCAUGCCUUAUAUCAUAUGAACCACAAUUCUUUCAAAAUGAUUGAGCUUGGUACUGAAUUUGAAGUCGAU